UCGUUGCGUUCCCGCACCGGUUGCGUUAUGGAAGCUUGGAACGUUAUCCUGUGUCUUGUCAUCACUGCAUGCGUGUGGAGAGUGUCACAACAGGGUCAUGCUCAGCGAAAACUGUACAAAGAUCUGAUGGCCAACUACAACCCGCUGGAGAGGCCGGUGUUCAAUGACACACACACCCUCACGGUGAACUUCAGCUUCAGCCUCAUGCAAAUAAUGGAUGUGGAUGAGAAGAAUCAAGUUCUGACAACAAACAUAUGGCUACAACUGUACUGGUAUGACUACUACCUUCAGUGGAACGCAUCGGAUUAUCCUGGUGUCUCGAAUGUACGGUUUCCUGACAGCCAAAUAUGGAAGCCAGACAUCCUGCUGUACAACAGUGCCGACGAGAGGUUCGAUGCCACUUUCCAUACAAAUGUGCUGGUGAGCAAUACAGGAUCGUGCCAAUACAUGCCACCAGGAAUCUUCAAAAGCACCUGCUAUAUCGACGUGCGCUGGUUCCCCUUUGACGUCCAGCGAUGCGACCUGAAGUUUGGCUCCUGGACUUACGGAGGGUGGUCAUUGGACCUGCAGAUGAUUGAGGCUGACCUAACAGGCUACAUUUCCAAUGGAGAAUGGGACCUUGUUGAGGUCCCAGGAAGGAGAAACGAGAAGUUCUACGACUGCUGCAAAGAGCCGUACCCUGACGUGACGUUCACGGUGGUGAUGCGCAGACGCACGCUCUACUACGGCCUGAACCUGCUCAUCCCCUGCGUCCUCAUCUCCACCCUGGCCCUCCUCGUCUUCCUCCUGCCCGCCGACUCAGGAGAGAAGAUCUCCCUGGGAAUCACAGUGCUGCUUUCGCUGACGGUGUUUAUGCUCCUGGUGGCAGAAAUCAUGCCAGCGACAUCCGACUCUGUGCCUUUAAUAGCCCAGUAUUUUGCCACAACCAUGGUCAUCGUUGGACUGUCAGUCAUAGCAACCGUUUGGGUAUUGCAGUAUCAUUAUCACGACCCUGAUGGAGGCAAAAUGCCAAAAUGGACGCGCAUCGUGCUGCUGAACUGGAUCGCCUGGUUCCUUCGUAUGAAGCGGCCGGGCGAGGACAAGGUGCGCUCGGCGUGCCACAACAAGCGUCCGCGCAGCAGCCUGUCCAGCGUGGACCUGAACGUCAGCACAGGGGGCGGGAGUGGCGUGGGCAUGGGCAUGGGUAUGGGCAUGGGCGGCCCGGGAGGAGGAGGGGGCGGCCCCAACGGCAACAUGCUCUUCAUCGGCUUCCGCGGCAUGGACAGCCUGCACUACUCCACCUCGCCCGACUCGGGCGUCAUCUGCAGUCGGCUAGUCGGGUCUGCGGACGAGGAGGUGCUGCUGCCCGGUGGCGGCGGCGGCCAGGCCUCCUCCUCCUCCGUCAGCAGCGCCGAGCCCGACCUGGCCAAGAUCCUGGAGGAGGUGCGCUACAUCGCCAAGCACUUCCGCGACCAGGACGAGGAGGAGAUCGUGUGCAACGAGUGGAAGUUUGCCGCCUCUGUGAUCGACCGGUUAUGCCUGAUGGCCUUCUCGCUCUUCACCACGCUGUGCACCACGGGCAUCCUCAUGUCUGCCCCCAACUUUGUGGAGGCCAUUUCGAAAGACUUCUUCACCUAGGCCUGGUGGUGCCUCACUUCUUUCUACCCAACAUUCAAGGUUGUGCUCGCUUACUGAGUCUCAAUAUAAAGUGACCUAAAAAGAACUGACUGAGCCAGUCACAUUACAAAACACAUUUCUAAGAAUAUACAAUAACGCUAUUCACAGUAGAUUCAUCAUUCAACAUGAUAAUUGGCAAACAGCUGGAGUUACAACCAACGUGCAUCUCAGUAUGCAUAAAAAGCACACAAAAACUACUGGCUCAGGUUGGGAUGAGUUAUCUG